AUGCGCGCUUCCCGCAUGGACUUACUACAAUUUCUGCUCAUGUCAGCCCCCACAUGCAGCCAGGAUAUUUGGGCAUUACCACCAAGUUCAAAGAAAAGCUUUGCCACCUUUCGGCUUUCCUGUGCUCCCAGAGGUGAAGAAGCAAGUCGCAAUACCAUCACGGCGAGAUGGCGCCAGAGGACCCGGCUGCUGUUACUGAGCAAUCUACUCAAAGGCAUCAAUACAGGCAAUAGAGGGGUUGAACUUGCGCAACAUCUGAGGCCCAAGAUCUCGGGUAUCAUAACCAGACUUCAACAGAAGCUUGCCCAGCAAGUUACCAGCUAUAUGGUAUCUCGGAUGUGGCUGCCAGUUGUAGCUCUACCUUCAACAACAUCCUGCAAGACUGACCGACGCCGGGUUUCGAGACGGAGGCCCAAUGCAUAUGAUCAGACGCUCGGUGUUACUGUCGAUAAUGUUCCAGAUGAUCGGUCUUUCCUUAGUUUGGGUGGCGACUCGAUCAUUGCUAUGCUGGCCGUGAACCUGUGCCGUGCCAAAGGCAUUGAGUUCUCCAUCAGUGGAAUUCUCCCGGUUGCACCAUCAACGAGAUGGCCAACAGCAUAUCAUCUCAGAUGCGCAUUCCAAUUCCACCUUACUGGUCCACCUCAGUCUUGCCCAGAGCCUUGCCCUUGGGACGGACUAAAAGCUGCAAUCCUGCCUACCUGGCCAAUCUCGUACUGCUCAUCUGCAACUAACCAGUUCUAUCGACUAACAAGCCAUCGAAGAUACUGUCAGGAAUUUGGUUCACCUUCACUCGACCCUUCGGACUACAUGCGUCAAUGA